ACCAAAUCCAAUCAAUCCAAUCAUAGAGAAUUUCAUCAGGAAAAAAAAAAAAAGCAAUAGCAGAGAAGCUUACAAUGACAAGACAGUGUCAUCCUCUGCUGAGAGGGGGAAGGAAAAAGGGCAACUACAGUCAUGGGUUUUCUUAUUAUCAGAUGGAAGCUCUCAGUGCCAUUUGUGAAGCUUUCAUACCUUCUAUACCAUUUGAUCCUCUCCGAGCCACCGGCGGUGAAGGAUCCCCCAACAAGAGUGUCCAGUCCUUCUACCUUGUUUCUGGGUCUCAGAAGCCCAUUCCUGACGAGGUUGCAGAGCUUUUGGUCAGCAGAAGUUUAUGGCAUGCUGUUUUCAUGGUGAAAUUUCUUCUAUGGAUGCUGUCAACCAGAUUAGGGACAUCCUUACUUUGUGGGGUUCUCACUUUUGGUUGCGGAUGGCCGUUUCUUUACAAGUUCUCAGAAUUACCCUUGGAGAAAAGGGAACAGAUUCUCCAGAAAUGGUCGGGGGCGAGGUAUCAUAGACAUUUAAGAAUGUUCUUCAUGCUGCUCAAAGUCUUCUGUAUGUUAACCUUUUUCAGCAUGACCAAUGAAAACUCAGAAAACCCUGCAUGGGAUGCAAUUGGGUAUCAUGUAGACACCGAACGGAGAUCAUACAAAACAGAGAGGAAGAGACCCCUCGAGAAGGGAAUCAUAGAAACCGUGAGUGAAUCUGAUUCAACCCUUGUUCAAUCCCUCACCAUAAAAGGUUUCAAAGUCACUCGAGGUCCAAGGUGGAACCUCCACAAAAUUGAAUGUGAUGUUAUUAUUGUUGGUUCUGGUUGUGGUGGGGGAGUUGCAGCUGCAGUUCUUGCAAGCUCUGGACAGAAGGUAAUAGUCCUGGAGAAAGGGAAUUACUUUGUGCCUGAAGAUUAUUCCUCUCUGGAGGGUCCUUCCUUCAGUCAACUAUAUGAAUCAGGAGGGAUCCUACCGAGUCUUGAUGGGAAGAUUAUGAUGAUGGCAGGAUCAACAGUGGGUGGUGGCUCUGCUGUGAACUGGUCCGCAUGCAUCAAAACACCAAGUUCUGUGCUCAGGGAGUGGCAUAUGGAUCACAAGAUUCCACUCUUUGGUAGCUCUGACUAUCUCUCUGCCAUGGACACUGUGUGUGAGAGGAAUGGUGUUACGGAUACUUGCUUAGAGGAAGGAUUCCAGAAUCAAGUCCUUCGAAGAGGGUGUGAAAAUCUUGGUCUGAAAAUUGAUCCUGUGCCACGGAAUUCCUCAGAGAAUCAUUACUGCGGGUCUUGUGGUUUUGGUUGUAGAAGAGGUGAUAAACAAGGGACUGAUUCUACUUGGUUGGUUGAUGCUGUUAAUCAUGGUGCUGUGAUCCUAACAGGAUGCAAAGCCAAGAGGUUCAUAUUGAAAAGAAACAAGUUUGGUAGUGCUAAAACUAUGAAAUGCGUGGGAGUGAUUGCAAGAACUUUCAGUAGGAAUAUCAGAAACAAACUGCAAAUUGAGGCUAAGGUAACAAUCUCAGCAUGUGGUUCUCUCUUGACACCCCCUUUAAUGAUAUCUAGCGGGUUGAGGAAUCCAAACAUUGGUAAGAAUCUACAUCUUCAUCCUGUAAUGAUGGCAUGGGGGUAUUUUCCUGAUUCGAUGAAAGAGUUUAAAGGGAAAACAUACGAGGGAGGUAUAAUCACGUCAUUACAUAAGGUGGUCACAGAGAAAUCUGAUGAUGUUUGUACUAUCAUUGAAACUCCUGCACUUGGGCCAGGUUCAUUUGCUGCAUUGUUUCCUUGGGUUUCUGGACUUGACAUGAAGGAGUGCAUGGUAAAGUAUGCAAGGACUGCUCACCUUUUUGCAUUGGUUAGGGAUCAGGGUUCAGGUGAAGUGAAAAUCCAGGGAAGGAUAACAUAUAGGCUCAGUGAAUUAGACAAAGAGAACCUUAAGGCAGGAUUGCGAAGGGCAUUGAGGAUUUUGAUUGCAGCAGGAGCUGUUGAGGUGGGCACCCAUCGGAGUGAUGGGCAGAGAAUUAAAUGCAGAGGGAUUAAGGAAGAGGAUUUGGAGGAAUUCUUGGAUACAGUUUCUGCAGUGGAAGGUCCAAUGUCGAGGGAAGAGCACUGGACCAUCUAUGCUUCUGCCCAUCAGAUGGGGAGCUGUAGGAUGAGCGCUAAGGAGAAAGAUGGUGCAGUUGAUGAGAACGGGGAGAGUUGGGAAGCAGAAGGCUUAUAUGUCUGUGAUGGAAGUGUUUUUCCAAAUGCACUUGGGGUUAAUCCCAUGAUCACCAUUCAGUCCAUUGCUUACUGUUUGUCAAAGAAGAUUGCUGAAUCAUUGGAGAAGGAUAAAUCCACCAAGAAUAAAUAAUUUACAUGGGAGAGUUGGAAGCGGAAGGCUUAUACAUGUCUGGUGAAAGUAUAUUUCCAGAUGCAGUUGGGGUUAAUCCCAGUAUUGUCUGAGGGAAGUGUUUUGCCAAAUGAAAUUGGGGAUAAUCCCAUGAUCACCAUCCAGUCCAUUGCUUGCUUCUCAAAGAAUGCUGAACUUUCAGAGAAGGGCCAAUCGUCUAAGGACAAAUAAAUUCUGUCUUCAUAAUCUUUAGGUAUCACUUCUGUUUAAGCUCUUAAGUUUUGUUAGAAUGCAUGUUAUUGAAUAAUUAAGAGGUUAUCUUAUUUAUUUUAAUCAGUUCACGUGGCGUGUCUGUGAUGUUCUGCAACUUGAACUAAUUCAAUAGCUAUAACAAUACGAAGUUGCUGGUGAUGUCUCUGGGACUUUGUACCCCAGACGUGGGACCAAAUUCCACUUUCAGAGACUGAUAUCUGACUGGUUUUCAUUCCUCUAAUUGUAAAAUGUAAAUACACAAGCAUUUCUUUUCUUUUCCAUCUUAGUUUUUGUAAAUUGAAGUUCGAAACUUCAAGUACUCAAUUCUGCAGCUUUUAAGAAACAUUCUUAAGCCUGUGUUCGUAUCAUAGUGGAAU